GCAGGACGACUGCCCGUCCUUGGCAGAAGUCUUAAAGGUGGUGCGCCGAAGCGUCUGGUCCAGGUGGGAGAACAAAGCAGGAAAGGACCUGCUCACACUGUCGCAGGAGCGAGGUUCGUCCAUGGCCUACUCUAUGCUUGCCAAGUCCUUGGGCAUGGUGAAGGAGGUGAAACGAGAGUUCUACGAAGAGCGACAGACGGUUUGGGUCUUUGUGAAUGGCGACAUCCAGCCACGACGUGCCACCGUUAUGGAGGACACACCUGAAGAAUGCGACGAUGUGCUCUUGGAGUUCUGGGACGGCGACGACCCGCCAGAGCGAGUGGAACGCUGCUUGAUCCGGGCGAUGUGGUCGUAGCUGCGAAACUCUGACAGCGCUGGCAUGGAUUUUCCCGAUGGAUUGCAUCGGACGGUAGCUUAAAUUUUGCAUCUGAACUGCAACGCACCUGAGUCGACAGCUGGUCAAAA